CGCCACGUUUGACAGCACCGUAAAUAACCCACUUGUGCCAUGUGUUUCAUAGCGACAGCUUCGUUUUAUUUCGUUUCUGUUUUGUUCGACGCAGCCAAGCAUGAUACCCUCUAACCUCUGGCCUCACACCCACCACGAUGUCACCCGGUUUUACCACGAACAGUAUGCAAAGGACGUUCAGGCUGGCAAAUACCAGCCAAUUUUGUAUCCGUGGGAUACCCUUGCGGUUCUCUUGGUCAUCAUAUACAUGUUGAUUCCACAUCAAAAUCGGGCAUGGCUACGAAAGGCAAGGUUCUUUAUCUUCGCGAUCAACCUCAUGUAUACGGCGUACUUGAUCAAGAAUGUAAGAGCGAAGGGUGUUGCGAACACUCUGGGAAUAGGGCUCAUCGCUGCAUGGGGCACGAUGUACAUUCUGGCAGUCAUUGUAUGCAAUGACCCGCAGCGGGACUUCAUGAGGAUCGAGAGGACCGAAGGCAUGUUUAGUUCGGACAGAGCACCAGUCAACGGCACACAAAAUGGCAAUGCAAGAACAACUAGCAAUAGCGAGGAUAGCAACGGCGUACUAAAAGAUCUCCCAGAGACAAAGGAAUCCCUCGGUCCCUCCCGGCGCCACGGCGAAUUCGCCUGGCAAGCCUACCCCUCCACGCCCUUCAUCGAGCGCCUCGACUGGGUCCUCGACCUCUUCGCCAACUUCCGCGGCGCAAACUGGAACUGGCGCACAAUCAGCACGCCUCCGCCUCCCAAGCCCGUCCAAGAGCAACUUCUGCGCAACUCCGUCCUCCAGCCGAAAUACAACUUCCGCACGCACCCCUCUCAAAGCCGCACCUACCCCACGCGUCGCGAAAUGCUCAUCGGGAAUACAAAGACACUCGUCACAGGGUACUUGAUCCUCGACCUCAUCAAGACUAUAGCAAGCCACGACCCGUACUUCUGGGGCUACAUCGACCGCGCACCAGCCCCGUACCUCCCCGCCUUCCUCCUCAACUCACCCGUCCUAAUUCACGCCCUGCGUCUCGUAAUCUGCCAGUUCGGCAUAAAAUGGGCGCUGGAAUCCCUCUUCGCGCUCUCGCCGCUCUUCUUCUCCGGCGUGCUCGGGCCCGCCGUCCUCGGCGCCCGCGCAGAGCCCUGGAUCUACCCCUCGACGUGGGGGUCGUACGCGCUGGUGUUGGACAACGGCCUCGCGGGAUGGUGGUCCGGGUGGUGGCACCAGACGUUCCGGUUUGCGUUUGAGCAGCCGAGCAGGAAGGCGAUUGAGGUGCUGGGGUGGAAUCCUAAAGGCCUAGCAGCGAGGGCGCUGCAGUUGGUGGUUGCGUUUGGGCUGAGCGGGGCGCUGCAUGCGAGCGGGAGUGUGACGUGCCAUGGGGCUACGUUCCCGCUGCGAGGACCGAUGCAGUACUUUUUGCUACAGGCUGCGGCGUGUUUUGUAGAAGGGGUUCUCCGGCAGGGUCUAGCGGGGAGCAGGGUUACGAGGAGCAUGCCACAGUGGGUGAAGAGGACGCUGACCUUUGUGUAUGUGCAUGUGUGGCACUAUCAUACGGCGCACUUGCUGUGCGAUGAUUUUGCGAGAGGUGGCGUGUGGCUGUUUGAACCUUGCCCGGUUUCGCUUUUCCGCGGACUAGGAUUUGGCGCUGAGGGCGAUGGGUGGUUGGCUAUAGAGGCGCUGCCGUCGUGGCAUCGUGGCGAUACGUGGUACAAGACGGGGAUCACAUUCUAG